AAAAGCACCUAAGUAUAAAGAAUUUUAAAUGAUUUAAACCAAAUCUUUGAAGAUACUUUUAUUUAUUUUUACUAUUUACCUAACGUUUUUGUGAAGAAAGCUACUCUCAAACGCAGAUGAUAUUUAUCAUACUCUCACUUAAAUAACUUCACAGUCAUUUAAAAACAAUGUUUCGGAGAGUUGGAUAUAACAUAUGAAUUUAUUAUCUGUUCGCACUGAAUUUUGUGUUUACCUUUUAAAGCACAUUGUGAAAGAGUUUUAACUGUUGUAUUUGCUAAACAUCGACAACUAAAGUAAUUUCCUCUGACACUGCAUUGCAAAUAUUAUCUUUCUCAGGAACCUGGACAUAAUUUUUGUUGUUGAAAGUUGUACAACAACAUUGUUGUAUUUAUUGACACCGUCGAAAAUAUGAUUUGUGAAUACCAAAACUUAAAGGCUUGUGCAAAAGAUAAAGUUAUUGUGUGUAAGCCAGAUGGGAAACAAAUUAAGAAAAAAUAACAUUUUGAUAUUGCAUGUUAAAUACGUGAAUCAAUAGAAAGUAGUGAAAAAAUAACUUAACACGAGGUAGAUCCCGAUUUAAAUAUUAGUUUUCUGCAAAAAUAAUGUCGAAGUUCUUUAUUUUGGAUGAUUAAGGGGGCCACGAAACGAUUCAAUAAGCUCAAUUCCAGCACAUUAUGUAGAAUGGCGUGUACAAACGGACCACUGAAAAGGUUACUGUGAAAAAAAUUAUAAACACUUUAGAACCACGUAGACGUUUAGACAACCUGCUUAUGAAUAAUAUAUUAGUAUUAUUUUGGCGCUAAAAUAAGCUACAGUCUGUAAAAUGUUAAAUGUCUGUAAAUCAAAAGUUUGUUUAGACGAGGGAACAGAGCCAACACGAGGAGCUGUAUUUGUUUAAAAAAAAUGUUGUUAUUGGCUUUAAGAAGGUAAAUAAUACUUCUAAAAAGAUUUUGAGCUAAUUGUGCUUCGACUGGCUUUAUGUGUAAUAAAUUUGUAUGUUUCUAUGCGAAAUUUAGAAGGAUAAAGCUAGCUAGCUAAUUCAGAAAGUCUGAAGUUUAUUUUAUUGGAAAGUUUAAGUUAAAAGCGAGGUAAGUUUUUAUAUCGAAUAAAAUAUGGACACCCAAUAUAUGUAGGGAACUUGUCUGCCAUUCUCAGUUUUAUUUGGAUACCUAAUAUUAUAUUUAAGAUGUUGUUUUGUCAUCAGAGAUCAUAAACUUUUUUUUCCGCCACUAGCUGGACUUUCGUGAAGUCAAUAAAGUCGAAAACCAAUAGCCGUUUCGUGGCCCCUUAAAAGAAAAUGUAAAACAAUGCGAAAAUGAAACAGAACAAAGUAUAUGGAUGAUGUUUUGAGAAACAUAGAACGUAAUAGAAUUGACGAAAAACUUCUACAAAUUAACGACCUGCAUCCGUCACUCAAAUUUACCAUUGAAAAAGAAGGGAAGAAUACGUCUAUACCUUUUCUGGAUAUGUUAAAUAUUCGUUCAAAUAACAAUUUAUCAUCGACAUGGUACACGAAAGCUACCGAUACAGGCCUGACGAUGAACUUUCAUUCACUGGCACCACGGAAAUAUAAACGGUCAGUCGUAUCCGGCCUAGUUCAUCGAAUACAUCGAGCGUGUAGCACAUGGUCGAAUUUUCACCAAAGUCUAGAAAAAGGUAAAACUGUUCUUGAGAAAAAUCAAUAUCCGAAAGCUUUCUAUGACCCGAUAAUUAAAAGUACGAUAUCUAAGAUUAUGGAAAAUAAUGAUAACGAGAAUCCUGAUGAAGAAAACGAGAAAGAAGAGUCUGAAGAGAAGAUGAUUUUCAUUCAAUAUCGUGGGCGAGUUUCGGAGAAAUUUGAAACUUCUAUGAGAAAGUUGAAUAUUCCGUGUAAAAUUAUUUUCACAUUGAAAAAGUUGAAAAGUUCUCUGCCUCCAUUGAAACCUGUAAUUGAAAAAUGUUUCAAAAGUUGUUUGGUAUACAAAAUAGAAUGUCCACGAUGCAACUCGUGCUAUGUCGGACAGACGAGCCGACAUUUAAUCAAACGACUUAAGGAACAUAAAAGAACUGGUCCGGUGGGAAAGCAUUUCGACGAUUGCAAUAAUCUUUUAACAAUGGAAAAUGUAUCAAUUUUAUGUUCAUCAACACGGAACGUUUAUCAUUUAAUGACUCUUGAGGCGAUAAUGAUCAAUUACAUCAAACCGGUUUUAAAUACAAAAGACGAAUAUAGAAGCAGAGCAUUGACCUGAGGAUGGAUAAUGUUUAUCCGAAAUAUAUUGUCAAUAAGAAAUAAUAAACAUACUCAUUGUUGGUCCUAAUAUUGGUAUUUUAUCGUGAAGCCACAAUGUUUUUAUCUUAUUAGAACAAAGUUUGUUUACAUUUUUAACACAUAUUGUUUUAAGCUAAUUGUUAAAAUGUUUUUUCGCAGAUAAAAACACAACAACGCGUUUCUAUUUAUUUUUACUACAAUUUAUGUUGUUUUUUUAACGUAAUAUUUUUACGUAUAAAUGUACGAAAGAAAUUAUUGUUGUUUUUUAAAUGUGCUUGGGGAAAAAUGGAAGUAAUCAGUCACCAUAUUUUGGUAUCCUUAUUAUUUUAGUUUUUGUUAUCAAGUUAUCGUCUUACAAAUGUUUUACACAGUUUGCAGAGUUGAAGAAAAAGAUCAAGUUUAGGUUUUCGAACAAAAAAAGCAUAAAAAUAUAAACGAGAAAUGGUUACCAUGAAUGAUUACACAUUUUAAAAACUAAACUUGUAAUACAAUAAACUUUUGGUAAAAAGUGGACAAUAAAAAUAAUUAGUCGGUAAAAAUAUUACUCCCUUUUCACAUGAAUUAAUUAUGAACUGAGUUAUAUAUAUAUAUGCCGAACAACACUCCAAACAAAAGGCUUAUAAUUCUUUUUAACGAUUUGUUUCGUAGCUAGGUUGCAUGUUUCCAAUUUUCUGUUCAGCUGCUUAUAUUUUGAUCUAAAUCUCAGCUUGCUCAAAAGUUAAACCAGUCUAACAUUUCAUCCCACACGCUUCUCCCAUGUUGGAUGAAAUGUUGAAUGAAAAACUCUAUGUUGGAUAAGGUAAGAUCUUUAGUUUGCGGGCACUUCUCUCAUCCAACCUUUGGAAGUUUGAAAGUUUGGUCGUUCAUUCACUUUUUUUAUAAAAAUGGCGGAUGAGAGGAGUUUUGUAGUGCUUGUUGUGUUAAAUGAGCUUUAUGGUUCAGAUGACGAAAAGGACAACACGUGGUAAAACAAGAGAAGAGGGUAAAAUGGAUAUUUUAAUAAUUUUCAUAAUAUCAUGAAUCACUGCUAUAAGACAAUUUGGUUAAGCCCUGCCCUGUACUGCCUGUAAAUGCAAAAAAUAUUGUUAUGUACUAACGCACUUGAAUUGAAACAUUCUAUUGACAGAUUCAAAUGCUUUCGAAAGACGUUUUAAACGGUUUAACGUUCGAGAUUUACAGAAUUUGUACAUGUAGAACAUAACAUACCACCAAACCAAUCGAACAUAAAUGAUGCAUGUCAAACAGAGACUUUUUUGAACUUGCCGAAAUUGUUGGAUGAAAUGUUUGACAGCGAUCAAACUUCAUCCAACAUCAUUCAACACAAUUUUUUUCUUCUUUCUUGAAAUUUUUAAAUUUUUGCCGUCAAUUUUUAAUUAUAUUAAAGGCAACAAACAAUUUCAACGCAAGAAAUGUGUAUAAAAAGUAUAAAAUACGCGGUGUCAAAUAUUAUUGCGCUGAAAGAGCACGGAUGUAUACGAUACUGAAUGAGCGAACAAAACCUUCUAUGAAACAAACGCGCACACUCGCGCGUAUUACACGCUUAUCAAAAAGCAUAUUAUAGUUGCGUUUUUAUUUAUUUGAAUGUAUUUCGGAAAAUAAAAUGGUUACAUGACAAUAUUUUAGUUCGAAAAAAGAAUAACCAGAUUUUCUUUUCACAAAAUAUUGUCAAAACGUUUAUGCAUUUUUGUUUUUGUUGUAAGGAUGGUGUUAACAUUAGAACCAAGAUUAAGCUUUUAAAUAACCAUAUCUUGUGUGCUUUAGGUAUAAACUCAUGAACGUUGAUUGUGUUGUAAUGAUAAUCUCCACAUUCAAAUAAUAGCUGCACAGAAGAUUAUUUAG